AUGCCAUCGGCGCAAGUGGAGGCACCUCAAUCGGACAUCGUCGAGAGGACCCCACCCAUCUCUGAAGCGACCGGAAGCAAGCUCUACGACAACCGAGCCAUGCUGAUCAUCCGACUUAUCCGUCUCAAUCGCAUCCUCUCCGCCAUGACUGCCUUCGUUGAUGACCUCGCCAACCCAGCCCGGAAACCUUUCACCUCCCAGCAACUCGAGAGCUUUGUCAUCGCUUUGCGCGUCCAGAGCAAACAGCAUCCCACAACACGGCCAGCUCCCAAAUUUGUCGAGUCCACUACCGGAUAUCUCUGGAGACCCUCUAUGCUGGAUCCUUCCGUAUCAGCAAAGACGCUGUCCAUCCCAGCUCAGUGCAUGUACGCCAUGGCCACCAUCUACGAUGCUGGCCUCGAGCGCAACCUUCGUCCCACAUCAAAAAUGACUUCGGCAAUGCUCUCCACCUUCGACGGUCACCUCGACGCUCAACAAAUGCUCCGAGCUGCCGACAACGCCCUCUGCAAUCUCGUACCGCCGGAAGCACACAACCCGGACGCGUGCCUGAGGCAGAUAACCCACAGCGCAUUGGCCAGCUUCAUCCGCGUGUAUGGCGGCAUUGGUAAACCUGAGCUGGGUGAACAGCUGCUCAGAACAUGGGCGAGUGCACAGAGAGUCGGCGAGACGCACGAGGACAUGCCGAUGCUCAAUGCAGACGACCCGGUAGACUUGGCAGGUUGGGGCAACAACGCUGUGAUUUGGACAUCCUUGAUCCGGUCUCGUGUUGACGCAGCCGACCACGAAGGCGCUCGUAGAUGGCUGGAUCGAUAUCGACUCGCGCUGCAGCCCUCAGAAAAGGAUCUGCAACUCUCUUCAACGCCGCGACUGCCUACCGUGCCCGAACCUUAUCUCGCAUACAUGGCCGGGAUCCGCAGGCAAGCAGAAGCUCCCAGGUCCUCCGAGGCAUUCAUCCGAAGAAUGUCGGCCAAGAUUGGAGAAGUGAUACGCCUCAUGCGCGGCGAUGGAGUCCCCAUCACCAGCUCGACGCUCGCCUUUAUCCUUGGUUUCGAAGCGAAAGUCGGCAGGACGGCCGGCGGCUCCGCGCUUCUCGAACAAGCCAGCAGCAUCAUUCGAGCCAAUGUCGCAAACGAUGCGGACCUUCUCCAAGCUCUGUUCAGCUUUCGCAGGUCCAUCGCCAACACCGAAACGGCAUCGACCACAGGACUCCGAGGCUCUUCUGCUAGAGCACAGGGCGGCGUGGAAGGCCUGCCGUCGACACGAUCCCUGCUCCGUUCGCUCGUCCAGGUAGGCGAAGGCGAGAUCCCUUCCUCGACUGAGAACCUGGCAGCCUGUCGAAAUCGCCACAUGCUCAAUGGCGCCCUUCUGGCAGUCAUGGCAGAGGCCGACUACCCGGCUGCCAUCGUCGUGUUGAACCUGUUCGAGAGGUGGAGAAUUACUCCUGCCACCAGCACGUACAGGACGGUCGUCAAUGCUCUUCUCGCACAGGGACAUCAAGCCGCACUCUUUUCCAACGAAGCAUCGGAGAGAUUCUCGGAGAGCAGGAUGAAUCUCGACACUGUACUGCAAAGCAUGGCCCGUCAAGGCAACAAUGAGCAGGCCGAGACCCUUCGCCUAGCCCUCGGCGACUCUUCCGCUCUCAGCGAGACCUCUGUCACCAGCGCUCAGCCCGCAUCGCCGCUGCGUCAGACACAGUACCUCAUCCGCACCCUCAAUCAGGCCUGCGCCGCCGAGAUCACAUCUACAGACGCCUCACGCACGGUGCCGGGCUGGCUGACGGUGCGAAGGAACGCAGACAGGGAGGAGCCGCUAUCGCACGACGAGGCGAUGAAACGCGUGUCGUUCCUUGUGAGGACAGCACAGGAUGAGUUGUUAGGUCCGAAAGAGCAGCGCAAGGACAACCCCUUCAUUGGGUCGUCGCUUUCGCGGUCAAAAGGAAGUCGCUUUGCGACAGCGCCUUUGCUCACGCCUCGUCGGAACGGGAUGGAGCAACCUCCGAAGCCAGCUAGACCAUCGCAGCCCGGCACAAGAACGAAGCCAGUCUCCAAUGGGGACAAGCAACGUUACAUGCGGAUCUCCUCCGCUCGUUCGGCAGCAGCACGCGCUCGGGCGUUCUCCACUUCAGCCCGAGCCCACAGUGAGACUGGAGCCAGCUGCGAUCUGGCGUCAGCUACCAAAGGCGAUUACACGCACCUUCCUCCCGUUCGCGCCAUCUACAUCCCUGGCUUUGUGCCGUACGACCUUGGCCUCGCGCUGCAAGAGCACCUUGUCAAGCAACGCUCGGACGCACGAGCCGCCCUGCGCGCUCUCUCGGACUCGACCUCCUCCUCCGCAUCGACCCUCUCUGGACACAGCAGCAUCUCGCCGUCCACCAGACAGUCGACGCUUGAAAUCCUCGCAGCACAAGACACGCUGUUGCUCCUGCAGCACCGACCCGUUUACACGGAAGGCAGACGGCACGAUACCGAAGACAACCUCGUCGCCACCGCUCUGCGCUCUCUCGGUGCCGACUACCACCUCACCAAACGCGGCGGUCAAAUCACCUAUCACGGUCCCGGUCAACUGGUUGGCUACCCCAUCCUCAAUCUGUCCAGUAUGAACCUGGCCAGCCGGUGUUAUGUGGACAAGAUUCAGGAUUCGCUCAUCUCGCUUUUGGCUGCGCGCGGAAUACUCACCGUGGACCCACCGGAGAACCACACCGGCGUAUGGGCGGAUGAGUACCACAAGAUCGCGAGUAUCGGCAUUCAGGUGCGUCACCGCGUGAGCAGUCAUGGUUUCGCACUGAAUGUGGAGGGUCGGGCCAUGGGUGGGUUUCGACAUAUCGUGGCCUGCGGCAUUGUGGGGAGGAACAUGACGUGUUUGCACGACAGAUUGGAUCCCAGUGGGCCGUUUGCGAGACACAAUCCGGUGUUUGACGGUGAGCGCGAUGUUAAGGAGAGCGUGGAGAGUGUGGCCAGGAGUUACAAGGAUCAUUUUGCGAGUGUGUUUGGUCGACGAGUAAGGGAGACCAGUGAGGAGGAGUUCGCGUUCGAGCUGGUCGAGGAGACGGACAGGGCGAGGCUGAGGGAGAAACUCAAUGUUGAGGUUGGAGAGGAAGAGAGGGUGGUCAAGAGUGUCAUGGUGGACGGUGUGAUGGUGCGGGUCGAGUGA